AAAAGAAUUUGUGGAAUUGUGGUGACAGAAAGAAAAAUUUUAUAUAUUACAGCGAUUGCAGCGAUGAUAAGAAAUCAUCAAGGGUUUCGUAAUGGGUUUGUGCUGGAUUGAUACUACGAAAAUCAAUAUCUUCACGUAAUCAAUUCGAAUUAUCCUCGCCGCUCUGUUCAAGAUUCUCACCUUUUGUCUGGAUCAAAAUCAUUCUUAUGUUUUAAUUUGGGUAUACCUGCUCUUACCCUCCUUGGAUUCCGGUUUCUUUGUGCCGGGGUGGGCGUGGCGGCGGCUUAAUUUGUCAUGGUUGCGGAGCGUUAUUUGGGUCUGUGACCUUGGUCUCUCUCUGGCAUUUUGAUUGAUUGUUUGACCGGUGAUAAGAGGAAUUCCACUCUCAGCGUCAUUACUGGUGGGCUGUUUUCAUUUUGGGGGUUGAAUUCUUCUACGGUUUUGAUAAGAUCGAAGGCCAAGGUUCGUGAUUUCCCACGAAAAUCUGUUGGUUAUAUUGACAGUCGAACUAUCGUUGCAGUAUUUCGCGCUGGGUUGAUUAUAUAAAUUUCAUAUAUCGUGAAGUGUAUUCCUUAUGUGCCGAAUUGUGGGGUGGUCUUUGCGAAUUCAAUAAUCUGGGAAUUCGCCAAGCUCUCAAUCCAUUUAAAAGGUUGGAGUAAAUUGCUUGGUGCUGUUUGAUUUAAAAUCGACAAUCAACCAUGAGUUCCAGCAUUACUGGAAGCUUGGUCCAUGAAGGUAAGCUUCUAGUUCAUAUUGCCGAAAAUGGACGCUCAUAUGAGUUGAGCUGUGAUGAAACCAUGCUUGUUGAGGCCGUCAUGCGGCAUAUUGCAUCAGAAACAGGGAUUAAUCUCAGUGAUCAACUUGUUCUCUGUCUGGAUAUGAAGCUUGAAUCACAGAGGCCUUUAUCUUUUUAUAAGCUUCCAUCUGAUGAAAGAGAAGUGUUCAUAUUCAAUAAAGCUAGACUCCAGACCAACUCAACCCCUCCACCACCGGAGCAAGUGAAUAUCCAUGAUAAUUUGGAGCCUUCACCGCCAUCGUCCUCCCAUGAUCCUCACCCUCUGGAUGAUGCGUCUGACCCUGCUUUGAAGGCUUUACCUUCGUAUGAGAGGCAAUUCAGAUAUCAUUACCAAAGGGGGCAUGCAAUUUACAGUCGUACCAUACUGAAAUAUGAUCACUGUGAGAGGCUUUUGAGGGAACAGAUGGUUCAAGUGAGAGCACUGGAGAUUGCAAGAGGUAAUUUGGAGCAGUUCUAUAGAAUGAUUAACCAAAACUAUGGGGACUUCAUGAAACGUUACCUGCAGCAGCACCGGAUGCAUUCGGAUCUUUUGGUCAAUUUUGGGAGGGAUGCUGAGAAAUUAAAAUCCCUCAAACUUCACCCUGCCUUGCAGACUUCUACUCGUAAAUGCUUACUGGAUUUUGUGAAGGAGGAGAACUUGCGUAAGUCCGUAGAGAAUUGCAAAAGCUCUCACAAGCAGUUUGAGAACAAAGUUUCUCAAUUUAAGCAGACAUUUGGAGAAUUGAAGCGCGGGGCUGAAGAACUGUUGUGUGGUAGAGUUGUUCUUCCCAUUAAGAAUUUAGAACAAACAAUAAAAGAACAUCUCAGAUAUUUAACCGAACAAAAGAGUAUCAUGCAAUCUCUGAGCAAAGAUGUUAACACAGUAAAGAAACUGGUGGAUGAUUGUCUGUCUGGCCAAUUAUCUUCCUCACUUAGACCCCAUGAUGCGGUUUCAGCCUUGGGUCCUAUGUAUCAUGUUCAUGACAAUAAUCACUUGCCUAAGAUGCAGGCUUGUGACCGUGCUAUAUCUAAGCUACUUGACUUUUGCCAGGACAAGAAGAAUGAGAUGAACAUCUUUGUGCAUGGAUACAUGCAAAGCAUAACUUAUGUUUCACAUCUCAUCAAAGACCAGAAACUGCAGUUUCCUGUCUUCAAGGAGGCUAUGGCUCGGCAGGAUGAUUUAUUUCUGGAUUUAAGGUUGUUCCAUGGUAUCGGUCCCGCAUAUAGGGCUUGCCUUGCAGAAGUAGUGAGGCGAAAGGCCUCUAUGAAGCUGUAUAUGGGCAUGGCUGGGCAACUGGCUGAGAAGCUUGCUAGAAAGCGGGAGGUUGAGAUCAGGAAAAGGGAGGAGUUUUUGAGAGCACAUAUUGCAUACAUACCUAGAGAAGUCUUGGCAUCUAUGGGCUUGUUUGACACCCCUAGCCAAUGCGAUGUCAAUAUAACUCCAUUUGACAGUAAUUUGCUUCAUAUUGACAUAUCAGAUCUGGACUUCUAUGCUCCUGAGCACCUUACAGGAAUUGCGUUCAAGCUGGAGAAGCAUGGAAGCUUUAAAGGUGCAUCUGCUUUGUCAGGUGAUGGCUCUCUAUCAGCUGAGGCUGUAGAUAUUGCUGCCGACUUCAAUGAGAGAGAUGAUUUUGAGGAGCUUCUUGAUGGCAGUGAGUUGGUAGAAAUUGCGGGGACUAGCAAGAUGGAAGUUGAGAAUGCAAAACUUAAAGCUGAGCUUGCUUCGAGCAUAGCCUUAAUUUGUUCUCUCUGCCCUGAGAUAGAGUAUGAGUCACUGGAUGAUGAUAGGCUGGAUAAAAUAUUGAAGAAUGCUGCAGAGAAGACAGCUGAAGCCUUGCACUUAAAAGAUGAAUACACUAAACAAGUUCAAUCCAUGCUUAAGAUGAAGCAUAUGCAGUGUGUCUCGUAUGAGAAACGUAUCCAAGAAUUGGAGCAGAAAUUGUCUGAUAAGUAUGUGCAAGGGCAGAAUAUUUCCAGCGUAGAUGAUGCAGCAGACUUUGCCCUUCGGGCUGAGAAGGCAAAUAAUUGCAAGCCAGAAUAUGCGAGUGGUGAGGUCCACAUGCCAUAUGUAUCUACUACUGAGCCCAUGGAUGAGGUUUCAUGCCUCUCAAGUUCCUUGGAUGCAGCGCUUGGUAGCCUAUUCACAGCUAAUACGGGCAAAGAUUUAGAUCAUGGGGCAGAUGAAAACAUGUUGGAUUCCUCUGGAGUCCAAAACUCACAAUUGGAUUCAUCUAUAGUGGAGCAUCAUCGCGCAGAAGUACAAGGUGGGGAUAAAGAUGGCAAAGAUAAGAUAGUAGGGCAACUAGGCAUGUCACUAACAAACAGUUCUACAGCUGAGAGCACGCCUUUGCCUCAGGACCUUGUGCCUUGUGACUCAGUAGCUCCUUCAGACUUGGAUUCCAAAGUUCAUGAUGAUAAGUUGUUGGAGCUGCAAAGUGCAGUCGCAGACAAGUCUAAACAACUAAAUGAAACUGAAACUGAGCUUAAAGCUGUUUUGGAGGAGGUUGCUUCCCUUAGAAGGGAGUUAGAAGCAAGUCGAAAGCUCCUUGAUGAAUCUCAGAUGAAUUGUGCUCACUUGGAGAAUUGCUUGCAUGAGGCAAGAGAGGAGGCUCAAACACAAAAAAGUUCUGCUGAUAGAAGAGCCUCAGAGUAUGCUUUGCUGCGUGCAUCUUUCCUCAGAAUGCGCAGCCUAUUUGAAAGACUUAAGAGCUGUGUUUAUUCUCCUGGUAGUGUGGCUGGUGUUGCUGAUCUCUUGCGUACUUUAGCGCAAUCUUUAGCCAACUCCACUAAUGACAGAGAUGACGAUGAUUUAGCUGAUUUCCGAAAAUGCAUACGUGUAUUAGCUGAUAAAGUCGGUUCCUUGUCGAGGCACCGUGAAGAGCUGCUUGACAAGUACUCUAGAAUUGAAACUACUAACGAACAGCUUCGGAAGGAACUGGAGGAGAAAACAGAUCAGGUCAAAACUUACUACAAUAAGCAUCAACUGGAGAAGCAGGCAAAUAAAGAAAAGAUUUCUUUUGGUCGUCUAGAAGUUCAUGAGAUUGCUGCCUUUGUCCACAAUUCAGCUGGGCAUUACGAGGCUAUUAGUAGAACCUGCCCUAACUACUAUUUAUCUUCUGAAUCUGUGGCCCUCUUUGCUGACCAUCUUCCAAGCCGGCCUAACUACAUUGUUGGACAGAUAGUGCAUAUUGAGCGCCAAAUUGUUAAGGCUCUGCCAACUACCUCAGCUCGGACCGAGCUGAGUAGAGCCAAUCAACUGACUGCUGACACGGGAACAGAGCGGUUGAGCCUGAAUUCAGGAUCAACUUCAAACCCAUAUGGUCUGCCUGUUGGCUGUGAAUAUUUUGUAGUGACAGUAGCAAUGUUACCUGAUGCCAUCAUUCAUUCAGCAUCCCCUUCCUGAUCCAUCCUGCUUCAUCCUGGCAGCUGAUAAGACGUGAUGGAAGAAGAAGAAUUCAAUUGUAAAUAAUAAACUAGACAUUUCAGAGAUGAAAUGCGCUUCACGGGAGUUGAACUUAGUAACCUUCUGUACAGUAUGAUCCAAAUUCUGUUUGAAACCCCAUCUCCUUGUACAUAUUUCCUCCUUUUGUGAUUUUCUAUUAGAUGUGAAUAUUAUAUAAGCGCCAUUAGUUGAUUAUUUGGGGUUUAUCUUCAUAAA